GGGGAGGCGAGGCGGCCGGGCGGCUGCCGCCAGCGGCUCCCGACCUCCCCCGCUUCACUGGCCGCGCAGCCUGCGGUCAGCAGGCACCAUGGCCGGCGAGCCGGAGGAUCCGAGCAACCGAGAACCGCAGGACGUCUGCGAGGCCCUGGGGCGUUACGAGGAUGCACUGCGGGGCGCCGUGCGCGAGAUCCACGUGGACAUCCAGGUGUUCAAGCAAGGCGUGGGGCGGCAGGUGGAGGAGGUGCUGCGCCUCGCCAGCCCCCUGGCGCACAGCGUGUCCGAGCUGCAGCAGGAGAACCGGCGCUUGCGGGCGCAGCUGGAGCGCCUGUCCCGGCAGGUGGAGGCCCUCGGCCGGUCGGCGGGGCUGCCGCAGGAGUGGGCGGACGAGGCGGUGCGGAGGCCCCGGGCCGCGGGACCCGGCUCUCCGGGACCCGGUUCGGCUGGCGGCAGGUUUUCCAGCCAUGCCAAGUUGGCGGUUACCGGCCGGAGCCAAAGUGUAGAUCUGGAUGACCGCCACAAAUCUGAGUUCAGAAGAGUUUUUAGUUCUUCCAUCAUUGAAAAUGGUCAUCAGUCUUCAGUAGGUCAGGCAAAAGUCUCCCAUGAACUGACCUCUUUUCACAUGUCAGAGACAUCCCCUGAAGCCCAUGCCCCUGCAAUCACCUUACAGAUGCCCCAUCUUCCCGUUACUGCAGUAACCAGGAUACCAGAGAAGUUUUCAGGAGAGACUGUUUGUUCAACAGGAACAACUAAUGCAUCUGCUGGCCUGCUGGUACAGAGCAAGAGCAAAAGUGCAAUGGCAACGAAAACUUCCAACCAGUCAAUGAAGGCCUGGAAUUCAAGUAUGGUGACAACAGUGGGUUCAUCUGCUACUGGAGAGAAUACUACUUCUGUCACUAAAUCUGACUCAACUGUGAGCUAUGGGACAAGUAGUGGAACCAAAACUGAUGAAAGUGCCACUGACAGUUACUGUGAUGUGAACCCCAGCUCUCACUCCUCUCCUCCCCCUGUACAGCGCCAAGUUGAAAGGAGGCGAGAACUGGUGCGGUCUCAAACGCUCCCACGGGCUACAGGAACACAGGCCAGGAAAGCACUUUUCGACAAAUCUGAAUAUGGAGCUGGAAGAGGAAAAGGUGAAUCCAGAGCUAAGCUGAAGAGGUCACAGAGUUUUGCGGUUGCCAGCGCUAGCAGCAUUAAACAAAUUCUGUUAGACUGGUGUCGCUCAAAAACCAUAGGAUACAAGCACAUUGAUCUCCAGAAUUUCUCCUCAAGCUGGAAUGAUGGGAUGGCAUUUUGUGCUCUUGUGCAUUCUUUCUUUCCUGAGGCUUUUGAUUAUAAUAAGCUGGACCCAGCUAAUCGCAAGCAGAACUUUGAGCUGGCCUUCACCAUGGCUGAGAAAAUGGCUCAUUGCGAUCGUCUGAUAGAAGUGGAUGACAUGAUGGUGAUGGGUCACAAGCCAGAUCCCAUGUGUGUCUUCACAUAUGUCCAGUCUCUAUACAAUCAUCUACGACACUUUGAAUAAACCUGUUGACACCU